AUAACACAACCUUCUCUUUUCAAAUCUACCACAGGGCGGAAACAGAACACUUUUUCUUCGACGAUGGCGACCCUACAAUCUCCUGUAGACAGAGAUUUCCAUGGGCAAGUGAUUGGUGAACCUCCACCGCCUGACAACACGGAGGCGGCUAAACAGUGCGGUGACGAUGUAGCCCAGUCUCAAGAAUCUGGCCAUAUUCAAGAGACUGAGAGCCCAAAUACACCUACGAAGAUACUCUAUCGAUUUCUUGUCAGAGACGAUAAAGGCGAUAUAAUCGAAAAGCAAGAAAGCGCGGACCCCAUCAUUGUCAAGGUUGAUGACAAAGCUACAAACCUGACCGAUCAAACAGUGCUUGAAGUUCUCACUACCCAGGAUGUCACCACGACCCUUGGUCGCAUAGACCGCAGAGAUCCACCAUAUACUGUCCUCAAAAUCCACUCUCUACACCUUAUCAAUGCCUUAAGACAAGUGAUAAGGUACUAUCCCGGUCUGAAUUUUUCUGGUGUGCCGGUCACAAUUCCUGAACCCUUUAAGCCAUUAGUUCACUACAUGAAAGAGCUUGAAGACUAUACGACGAAUCACCCCCAGGGCCAUGAUGAGGAUUUCAUUUUCAUCACAAACUCUCAUAUCGAUGUUCUGCUUGGAUUUCUGGACCAGAGGCUUGGACAAGAACUGCGUCUGGAACGCGAACGUCAUCUGCAACAACCGCCUGUUGCAACGUAUGAAUUUCUCUGGCUCCUUUUUCGGCCAGGGGAUGAAAUAUUUGUUCGGGUUCCCAAAAAAGAAGGAGAAGAAGAAGAUAGUGCGGAGCGUUACCCCUACAGACUUUUCAAAAUGCAACAAUCGCCCAAGGUUUCCAAUUUCCUGAUCUGGCGCAUUGAUACGUUGUCCUUUCAAUUAGCACCACACGAAGAACUUCAAUCUGUACAGUCCUUCGAAGGUGAAAAGGAAAUAUCAUUCUUGAGAAUAUGUCCACGAGCCUUCUUGCCAAAUUAUUCCCAGGCAAGGGAAAAAUUCAUUGCCAGAGGGAUGAAGUUCGUGAGCCUUUUCGACCCUUCAUAUAUGGAACAUGCGGGAAGCAUACUUCCAAAUUUCUUCGGAACUGCUUCUAUUGAAAUUAACGGCAAAAUCAUGGUAGAUCCAAAUUCUUGGCUAGAUCAUAGCGGCAGGAGAGAAUUAUACAUGAGCUCGAGAAAUUCUGCCCUCAGAACAUUUUCAGUGACACCUGACUUCUACAAAUACCUGGGUUACGGGUGCGAAUGCGCUCUUUGCGACCAGAUCUUAGAUAAAUCGGAGCCCGUCCUCCCGAUAAGGGACUUUCGGUACGCUGGUGGAGAUGGUUCGAACGAAAUAUUGAACGAUGACUUCUACCUCCUCUGUUCUCCGGUAAUUCGCGGAUAUGCUUUGAAUGAGAGGAAAUGGGUUGAUUUGCAUAUCGAUCAAGUAUCUGAGCCCAAAAUCGAUCCUGAUCCAUUCUCAAACCUCGUCCUCGAGGAUGAAAUCAAGGAUACAAUCGAGGCUCUCGUUUGUAACUACGCUCAGAGAGACUCGAAAGUAGAGUCAUGGAGCAAAGACUUUGUGAGAGAUAAAGGAGAAGGGCGGAUCUUCUUACUGCAUGGCUCUCCAGGUGUUGGAAAGACGUGCACUGCUGGUAAGACUCUUGAGACCAAUUUGAUUGAGUUAACUUUCGUAGAAUGUGUGGCGGACCUCAUCAAACGGCCGCUCCUGCCACUCACAUGCGGGGAUAUGGGAGUAACAGCGAGUGAGGUUGAAAAGAAUUUCAACCUCUUCUUUGAAUUGGGGGAACGUUGGGGAGCAGUGGUUUUAAUGGACGAAGCAGAUAUCUACCUCGAGCAGAGGACUUCAGAGAACCUCGAACGAAAUAGUCUUGUAUCUGUGUUUCUUCGGUCCCUCGAGUACUUCCGAGGCAUACUUUUUCUCACCACCAACCGUGUCGGGUCCUUCGAUGACGCCUUCAUUUCCCGAAUCCACGUUGCGCUUCACUACAAGAAGCUCAACGACGAUUAUAGAGCCAAGAUAUGGGAAAAGAAUUUCAAUCGACUGAGCAAAGAUUCCAUAUCAAUUGCUCCGGGUGCGAUUAUCUAUGUCACAACAGACCCCGAUGUCCGAGCUGUUGAAUGGAAUGGCAGAGAGAUUCGCAACGCGUUCCAAACCGCAGUUGCGCUGGCCCAAUAUCAGGCUCGGAAGGAGGGGAAGGUGCAGGUCGUGCUCCAGGCGGAUCACUUGAAAAGGGUGGUGAAAAUGUCGAAGCUCUUCAAGGACUACAUUAAUUCUACACACAAGAAUCAGGACGAGGCGAAGAGGGCCUUUAUCGAAGAGCGGAGGAACGAUGCGUUUGAUUCAUUGCAACUCAACUGAGGAGGAAUGAACUAUGUUUACGGUCAUGAUUUUUCUUCUAUAGUCAAUUAACGUGUUUACUCAAGCGCGGCAUCCGAACC